ACGAUUAAAAAGUAUUACGAAGCGCCGUUUGUUUGUUUACAUGCGAGUGCAAGAUCGUUUUUUAUACAAAUACAAAGAAAUCGAUGUGCCAAUCAAAUGUAGGAAGAAACAGACUUUGAUUUGCCAUGGGAAAAUUAUUUAGCAAGUCGAAACAUCCAAAACAUAACACUGAAGGUGGAUUUGACAGUCUAGAUACAGCGGGUGCUGGUAGAUAUAAGGGGGAGGAUAAAUCGGGAAGUAAAAUGAACAGACAUGUGUCAAAAACUUACCACUCGCAGCCAACUGGUGAGCCCCUCCAUACUGAUGCUGUUGUCAGCCUUGCCAAAAUACAACCUGGGCUCUGUGUAGCUGGUAGUAAAGAUAAGACUGUAUCACUGUAUGAUUACCACAAUCAUCGUCUUGAGGACAGAUGGACUGGCCAUGCAAGGGAGAUAACUAAGGUUUACUAUGGUAUACAAUGCCAGGCUAUAUUCAGUGCUUCAAGAGAUAAGACAGUCAAGCUGUGGAAGCGAGGCAAUGCUAGCCCUAUAAGGGAAUAUGAUGGCCAUGAUUUAGUUGUGUCAGCUAUACAUCUCAAUAAAGAUAACAGUCUAUUAUGUACUGGUUCAAGAGAUAACACCAUAAAGCUAUGGGAUGUUGAAACUGGUGAUUGUCUUAGAGAAAAUAAAACAUCCAGAAAUCUAGUCACUGAUGUAAAGUUUGUACCAGAGUCACAUAUACUUGUACAGACAGGGGAGGAUAAAGAUGUUAGGUUGUUUGAUACUCGGACAAUGUAUAUAGCACACACUUUCCCACGUAAACAGUAUAUACAGAUGAGUUGUGAUGUCAGUGCUGAUGGAAACUACUGUCUCACAUGUAGUAAUGGUUUUGGAGGCAAUGGCUGUGAAACCACGUUAUGGGACCUUAGAGCAUUACAGAUAGUACAAGAAUACAAGGGCCAUACUGAGGCAGUAGAAUGUUGUAUAUUCCUGCCAGAUCAAGAUAGACAACUCAUAGCAACUUCUUCUAGGGACUGCACAGUCAGAAUUUGGGAUCAAAACACUAGAGAUACUGUAGCACAGUGCACAAUAAGUGGAUCAGGGCCACUCACAUCUCUUAUAGCUUAUGAAGAUAACAGUAUAUGUGUAUCAAGUUUUAAUACUGGAAUACAUGAACUUCAUCUAUCAGUGCCAGAGGGCUUAUUGCUACAGCAGUCAACGUUUUGAAUUAAUGCCAAUCGGCGUAACACUGGUGCACCAGAAAAGUAUUUGACAAGUGUGUUGUGUGGACUAUUAUACAGUUGUGUUGUGUGGAUUAUAUUCGUGUGUUACUUAUUCAUCCAUGACUACUACAGUAACUUUAAGUUUUGUAUAUUUUAUAUGUCUUGUGGCUUGAAUCUCAAAAAAUGAUGUCAUUGAUUAUGCUGCCAAAAUAACCAACAUAUCAAGGCUUUGAUUGUUUCACUUAGAUACUACUGUUAUUACUUAUUAUAGAAUGUGAUACUGAUUACAUCAUCAUUCUGCUACUAUAUCAGUUAUGUGUUGUACAUACUCGCUUAUAAGACUUUUUUUUUUUACCUAUAAAAACUCUUACAACUUAAUGACAUAGACCUAUAGCUGUGAUAUAAAGAACUGUUAGUUAUUCCAUAUUACCUGAUUGUUUGAGAUUUAUGUAGUUCGUUACUUUAUGGUUCAUGUUAUUUUUUGCAGAACUAAGUGAAAAUCUAUCUUAUGAUGAAAAAGUGUAAUUUAUAUGAGCCGCGCCAUGAGAAAACCAACAUAGCGGCUUUGCGACCAGCAUGGAUCCAGACCAGCCUGUGCAUGUGCGCAGUCUGGUCAGGAUCCAUGCUGUUCACUUUCAAAGCCUUUUGCAAUUAGAGAAACCGUUAGCGAACAGCAUGGAUCCUGACCAGACUGCGUGGAUGUGCAGGCUGGUCUGGAUCCAUGCUGGUCAUAAAGCCACUAUGUUGGUUUUCUCAUGGCGCCGCUCAAUUAUGAGCUUAGUUUUGAGAAAAAAAAAUCCUUGUGUUGUAAGCCCUACUGAAAUAUGCUCAUUUGAUUGGCUGAUCCUGUCUGCAACGACUCAAAAAAUUGACAUUGAAAUCAAAAUUGAUUCAAUUGAAGUCAUACUUUUUCAUAUAACAUCCUGGAUAUAUGAUGAAACUAUUGUAGACUUAUAUUUUGGUCAAAAAGUAGACUUGAAGCCUAGUCCUAUGUUAGUAAUACUUUCAGGUUUACAAAACAACAUACUAGUCUAAAACAUAAGUUUUUAUACUAACUACUGUACUAUGAGAACGAUGACAGCUAUCUAUUUUAUCGAAAAAUUUCAUGACAUAUCAACAAAUCAUUUCACAUGAUAAUAACAUGUGCCAUAACACAUCAUACAAUGUAAUACUUAAUGUAAUUAGUCUCGGGAAAUAGAGCUACGGUGUCGGUUUUAUUUUUAUUCAAGCUUGAUUGUUUUCUGUAGAAAAAAAAUAUUUCGGUUAAUGCAAUACAGGUGUUAUUGUAGAUUAAACUUCAAUUGUCAUUGUUUUAAGCUACCACAUUCAACACGCAUAACUACUUUAAAUGUCUCGAUGAAAAAAAUAUUUCAUAGGUAAACCACAAACUAUGCCUUGUUUCUUACGUCAAUGGAAGUGCAAGCAUAAAUGGUACAUGGUUGAAAUAUUGGGCACUGUCAAGUACAUUCCUAAAUUCAGUGUUGUGAUAUUUUUGUACUUUAACAAUGUUACACGUUUUGUGCCUUUUUGUGAUAUAUAGGCCAUUGUUAUAUCCAUUUUUGCUUGUUAUACAAAGAUUUUAAGGAACUGUUGACUACAUAUUGUGUCUUUUUGAAGUAUUGUUUAUUCUCUUUAUUCUGUUCAGUUCUUUUUACAUCUUAAGAAAGAUGUCAGACACAGUGCAAAAUUUGCCUUGUUUGGAUAUUUCGACCAUAGCACAUGGUCUUCAUCAGCUCACAGGUUUUAUUGCAGCAAGUAAGUUGAAUUUAGGGUGCAGUUUUUUUUAAAUUGUUAAAAGAAAGCAGUCUGUGCUAAUUUAGAAAUUUCUGCAACUGUCACAGGUUGAGAAAAAUGUGCAGCCAGACCAGGACUCGAACCCAGGGCCUCGAAAUACUGUUCUGAUGCUCUACCGACUGAACUACCCUGCCGCCUACACAUUAUCUCCGUUUUAAUAUUCAAGUCCUAUACCAUGACAGGUUUCCACACCAAUUUCGAAUUUCAGCAGGUACUUUAUAUAGAAGCAUACAGCCAGUGUUACACCAUCGUGGUCCCAUGUUGAGCGCCAAAUGUCACGGGGUGAGAAAAAUGUGCAGCCAGACCGGGACUCAAACCCAGGGCCUCGGAAUACUGUUUUGAUGCUCUACCGACUGAGCUACAUAUUUUCUGCCCGUUUUAAUAUUCAACUCCUAUACCUUGAUACAACUUGCUUUAGAAUGUACGGCAAGUCACGUCAUGAUAAAACACUAUACAUUACUUAAGGAACACUUUAUUAAACAUGUUAAAAUGUUUAUGUUUAGAAAGCGUUUUGGCUUAUUUCAGCUCCACCUCUCAAAUUUUAGUUCUAUAAAAAUGUCUUUACACUGUAGAAUUGCAGAAACUAUGGGGUUUUUUUGCCUGAUAAUGUUGGUAAUAAACUGUUUGAUAUUGUUAGUAAAAAGGUUAUCUGACAUGAUUUUAUGUGCAAAUAACAGCUGUGAUUUUUCUUGCCUUUAAUAAAAACAUGAAAAACG